UGAUGUCCUGCAGGUCGCGAGGACAACUGGUGCCCAACGUGAGGCUGGAUAGAGUUGGGGAUCUGGAAACUUCAGUGCUCAUUAGAGGGACGGGCCCGUCCAUGCAGUGAGGAAUUCAUGACAAGGUCGAUCGUGAGCCUCGUUUGGAGGAAGACCCAGCAACCUGCCCAGCACUUGGGACUUUUAGUUCAUGAGCACCACCUACGUGGAAAAGAUUGCUGAUGUUUAAUCAAGGCCUGGGGCCUUUUAGUGCAACAGAUGCUGCUCAGAAAGUCUUCAUACCUAUGAGGUUUCUGAGGUUUAUGAAGUUUGAUCCUCAGAUGAGGUACCACCUGCAAAUGAGAAGCUCCAAACCCAGGACUUUCCAUUUCUGAAGUGUGUGCUUUGAAACCACGCCUUACCAUGUCUGCCUGUCCAGUUCCUCUACCUCCCUCUUGUAUGACUUGGGGGACACAUCAAAAAAUCUGACAUUACCAAUGUCCAGAAGCUUCUCUGUAUGUUUUCUUUUAUUAGUACCAGGAGUUCAGCUCAAUGUUUAGCUGUGGGUGUCUGCCUCUGCUUCUGCUUCCAUCAGCUACUGGUGAAGGCUCUAAAAUGGCAUAUAAGGAGGUGCCACUUUUAUAAUAAAGGCAGAGCUACCAGAAAGCGUCAUAGGUUCCUGGGGCUCAAAUAUGUCCUAAUGGAAAUUAUUAAUAAACAAAAAGAAAAGAAGAAUCUGUAUUUUCUUUCAGGUAAGGCUUGCUUGAUAAUUCUAUAUAAAUAUGGGUUAAAUUAGAAUGUGGAUAUCAAAAUGAGUCUUAAAAGGAAAUAUAUGAUUUCUAAAAAUUAUAUUUCUCCCAUUACUGUCUGGGUUCUCUGCUUUUCCUGUGUCACUUUCUCUGACCAUUCAUUAUGUCAGGAAGAAUCCCUUAUGUGUACACAACAAAACCCUUCUAAUGAACACAUAAGAGUCUCAGUCCAUGAUUGUGGGUGGAUGAAAAUGGAUCUGCCAUCCAUUUUGUGUUAUACUUGACAUUUUCUCCCUCAUGGCUUUGAACGACUCAGCUUUGGUUUCCCUGGCAACCAUCAUUAUCUUUUUGUCUCAGCUUCUUAGCAAUGAACAACAAAGAGGAAGGUAGGCUAUUACCUGUUCCUGGUUGCCAAGCACAAAGUCCCUGCCUGGGCUGAAUCACUCAGUAGAGAUGAGAAGCAGAGCCGUUACUAAGACAACAGAAUCAUGGAUGCAUCUCCUCUGUGAGGCCCUGUUUCUUCCUCUCAUACCAAGUGGUACUGUCUACAUGUUCAGUUUUACAGCUUGAAGGGUACUUCCAUCAUGGAGUCAGUUGUGCUAAGGUUUGGAGGCCUUCUAAGGUCUGAUUGCUUGUUACAAAGAAGAAGAAAAAAUCUGACUUAUUUUAGGUAUCUAGUUAGGUAGCGCAUAGUGGUGCACACCUUUAAUACCAGCACUCAUAAUGCAGAUAGGCAGGUGAGUAUCUGUGAGUUCAAGGCCACGCUGGUCUGUGUGAUGAGUUCCAGGUGAGCAAGGGAUGCAUAGUGAGAUCCUGUCUCAAAUAAAUAAAUACCAGAUUAAGAACACUUAAGAAAAAUUCCCAGUCUGACUUGCCCCCCCCAAAAUUUAUUGAACUUGAUAUCUUCUAAGUCCCUAAAACCCAAAGUCUAGAAAAAUAUAAAUUCUUAACUUUAGAAAUGAAAUUUGACACUUUUCUUAUAUAGGAUCCUUGUACUUAGGUAACUUCAAGAUUUGUCACAUAUUGAAUAGACAGUUGUGUUCAACCUAAAACAUCAAUUAGCCUGGAAAUUAAAGCUGCAAAUUGUAUUACAUGGUUAAGAUGAAUUACUAUUUGUGCUACUGCUUAUUAAUUCACUUUUUUCUUUGUUUUGAGAUUGAGAUCUGGCUUUAUAGCUAAAGUGGCCUAUAUUAGUCAGGGUUCUCUAGAGAAACAGAACAAAUGUAUUUAUGUAUAUUCAUUGUGUGGUAUGUGUGAUUUCUUAUAGUGGCUUACAAUUUUUGGUCUGAUUACUCCAACAAUGGCUUUCUCUUGGUGAAAAGUCUUAGAAUGAAUGUCUUAGCUGGUCUUUGUUGGAGGUAGCUAUAAGUGAAGGCUGCUUGAACAUGGGUUUAAGCCAAUAGAAAAUCUGUUAGCUAGCUUGCAACUACACUGAGUGUUUGGGAAUCCCAGAGUAGCCCCAACCCUAUCUCAGGGUAACUUUUAAGCACAAAAACUAUGUCUUGGGUUGACAUAGUUCAUUUAACAAGAAGAAUAGCCAGAAGCAGAACUACAGAAGCCAAAAAGUAAGGUUAGUACAUUUAGAGACUUUCCCAGAUCUAUGGACUUUGAUGAAUUAGGUCUUUGUUUUCAUUUUGACAGGUGGUGCUAUCUAUGUGCUGAGUUUUAUGGCCCGAAUAACCUUUUCAUCAUGGAGUCAGUUGUGCUAAGGUCUGGGGGCCUUCUAAGUCUGGGGUCCUGUUAUAUUCCCCAUUGAUCUUAGUGAAUGAGUUAAGUCAUGGGAGUUAUCCUGCUCUAAAGAGUUUGAGUUGACCCUAAAGACCAUUAAUUUUAUUAAACAUAUAAUUGGCCAAAUAGAUUAAGAUGCAAGGCCUACUAAUCCAAUCAGAAUGACAAUUAAAGGCCCAGCUAGUGCUGAUAUCAGAGUAGUUAGCAAGGGGACCAAGAGACGAUAGACUGGUACCAAUUGUAUGGUUAAUGUCUGUGGUGGUUUGAAAGAUGGCCUCCAAAGGGAGUGGUACUAUUAGGAGGUGUGGCCUUGUUGGAGUAGGUGUGGCCUUUCUGGAGGAAGUGUGUCAUUGUGAGGGUUGGCUUUGAGGUCUCCUAUGCUUAAGCUAUGCCCAGUGUUACAGUUCACUUCCAGUUGCCUGCCAGUCAAGAUGUAGAACUCUCAUCUCCUUCUCCAGCAUCACCUCUGCCACCCACUAUGAAUUAAAUGGACUAAACCUCUGAACUGUGAGCUAACCUCAGUUGCAUGUUUUCCUUUAUAAGAGUUGCUGUGUUUAUGGUGUCCCUUCAGAGCAAUAGAAACUCCAAUGAAGGCAAUCUCUUUUUUGGUUUUCUCCAGCCGUGACAGAUUUUUUCUAAUUACUUCUGAUUGAUUGGCAUAGAAACAACAGGUUUUCCCCUGAGCCAUAUAGUCCCCCUUAACUCAUGAGAAAUAAGUCUAAGGCUCUCCUCCAAUUUUGUAUGAUCGUUCCUGCAAGGGACUCAACUGUUGUUUUAAUAUCUCUAGGUCAGGUCAACCUGUCUAGUUUGGAAAGCAUCAGAAGAGGCACAUUUAGUAAAACUAUUGGUACACACCCAUCAUGUAGUCUCAGGGGCUCAGUAGUAUUGCUGUUAUCCAGAUGAAUUAACUCAUAAUACAGAGUAGCAGGCAUCAGAAUAAGGGAAGUACCUAGGUUAAAGGUUUGGGAUAUUAGAUAAGUUUCAUCUCCUUGUAAGUUCUCAAACAUUAAUCUGAGCUGUCCCCAUUAUAGUGAGUUGUCAGUCAAUGGGCUGACAGUCUGGUUAGUUCUUAUCCCUCUGUAGUACAGUCUAAACAUAACCAGCAAUUCUCCCUGAUUUCUGGCUGUGAGUGAUGAACUCUAUCUCUAGGGUCCCUUCCUGUGGCAUGGAGUCUGAUUCCCCAGGUUUUCCCUGUUUCCCAAUCUUUUUAAAUGAAUUUUUCUGAUAGCCUCAGUUAUAUGAUCCCAGGUUUUUCAGUGGAAAGCCCCUGGUUUCUAGAAACUAGGGGGCCCAACUGUAGGGCAUACAUAGAAUUGUAAACUCUGUAUUCCUGUUUCAAAAAGAUAUACCUUCACAUUGUUCCUUUCUUCAUACAACCAGAUACUUGGGCCUCAGCAAAUAAAGGUCAAGAUACGGAUUUCUGGUCUAUAGUCACAGUACAUAAUACCUUCACUGUAUCUGUCUUCCUCAGUUUCCAGUCCAGGCCUGAAUACAGUGGGUAGGGUCCAAAUGAGAAGCCAACACCCCAAUAAACUCUGCAGAAACUGACUUCAUACAAGACCUGACCUGCUGGGGGAGAUAAAAUAUUUGCCAUUUUUUAUAGAUAUCUUUUUUAGGUGGGUAGAAGUGUUCCCCACCUGGACUGAAACUGCUCAAAUAGCUUCAACUCUCCAGGAACUGGUCUCCUGAUUUGACCUCCUCCUAGAAAUGAGAUCCAACAAUGCCCCAGCUUUCAUAGUCAAAUCCUCUGAAUUAAUGGCCAAAGCUCUAGAUGUAUAUACAGACUUGAGAGUUCUGGGCAGGUUAAAAAGAAUAAGCAAGACAUUAAAACAAAGUCUAACAAAACUCUAUCAUUAGAGUCCAGAGAAGGAUGGAUAGACUUCCAUCCUUUGCUUUGCUUCAGCCUGCUGCACCCUAUAUACGGAGAGAUUUACCCUCCGUGAGAUUAGUUUGGAAGACCUCCCUCACUGCUUCCCAGGCUCAGAAACUGGCAACUGGCAGAACUCUCUAAUCAUUCCUUUCACAAGUCACUAUGCAUCCUCCAGUCCUACACACAGGCAAUUCAUUGGACUGCAUUAGGGACCCAGCUGAUCUGUGAGUCCACCACAAGUUUCCCCUUGUUCAAGUUCAGUGAUACCAUCGGUGUCAAGUGGGCACUUAAACUAGCCUGGAAAGGGCCCUACGAGGUGAUUCUCUCCACUCCUAUGGCAGUGAGGCAUCACACUGGCAUCACACAAUGGAUCCACUACACCCAGGUCAAGAAAGCAGAAGCCACAGUUGCUGCUGCCAAAUGGACCAUCUCUGGACUAUGAUCCUAUUGACAUGAAGGUUUCAUUGGGUCCUGAGCUCUUCCACUCCCUGCCCUUCCUGAGUCUUAUGUUUUGCACUUUGGGUAUGAAUACAGGGUCAUGGUCUAACCCCCCACUGUCCUCAGAUACAGGUAAGGUAUUACCUAGUGUGACUACAGACUAGGGCUCUCUGUUUUGGAUUUACUUGAGCACAAACCUGGCAUCUGGCUGAGGUGUCCCACACUAGGUUGUCCAGUCUAGGUAAAACAUACCUUGAUUUGAGCAACUCAGAAACUUUCGUGGACCUUAGAUGAAUAGUCUGGUGAAAGUCAGUUAUCAGAGUCCUGCCUGUUGAUUUUGGGAGAAUGAUCUUUCCCUUUGGUAUCCUUCAUCAUCCUGUGGGUUUGAGCUCUCCAUUUCUUCUUUACCAUGGAAUCUCAGGCAGCACUGAGUCAAGGGUAUGUUAUCAGAAGUUUGUCAUCAAUACUUUGUUGAGCAGCCAGGUCAGUGGGCUGGCAGUGGAUGACAGCAAUUUGUAGGGGAAGCCAAAUAGCCUCUAGGAAGGCCAAUAUUUUCUAGUAUUGUGUUUCCCAGCAGUGAGAAACCCUUGUUUUCUAUAGAUCAUAUAUGAACAUGUGUGGUAGUAAAAACAUAGUGACGAUCCAUGUAUGUGGUAUUGGGCUUUCCUUUUCCCCAGCUGAGAGCAUGGGGCAGAUCAGUCAGUUCUCUCUGGGCUGAGGUACCUGUCUUGGGCCCAAAUCAAUUCAGUUAAAGUAACUGCUGCAGCUCCCAUGUACCUGUUCUCAUCUUUCAUCUGACAGUUAGGGAUGAGUACCUGCAGUUUGUCAUCAGGGAAGAGGGCAGCAGGAUUGGUGGUGUGUGUGUGUGGGGGGGGGGUUCUCAAACCAGACUCAAGGAUGGGUCACAGAGUCAUUAGACACCCAGCCAGCAUUGGAACUCCUCAGAGAAGGACCUCAACCGUGUCAUGGGAUGCUGUGAGUAUAUGAUCUUGACCCAGAGUUAAAUUGUUUUUGUUUGCUUGCUUGCUUCUUUUUUUAUUUUACUAGCAGUAGCUGUCACAGCUCCUAGACAAGUGGGGCAUCCUGUGACUACAGGGUCCAAUCAUUUGAACAGGUAUGUAAAUGGUGUUUCCAUGGACCCAAAGUUUGGGUUAAAACCCCUUUUGUAAUGUCUUUUCUUGUGGACAGAGAUGAAAAGGUUUUGAAACAUCUGGAGUGCUAGGACUGGAGCCAAAGUCAGAGCUGUUUUUCAAGCCUCAAAUGCCUUUGUUUAGUCUCAGAACAGAUUAGCGGCUCAGUGCCCCCUCUGAGCUGGUGUAUAGAGGCCUUGCUAUUUCCACAAACUCUGGUAUCCAGAGGCAGCAAUAGCCAGCUGUACCUAGGAGCUCUUGAAGCUAUCUCUCAGACUUUGGAGUUGGGAUCUGAAGGAUGGCAGCAAUCCUACUCUGAGACAGGCUCCUUUUGCCUCCCCUCAGCUGGUAGCCAAGAGAGGUAGCCUUCCACAAAGUGGGGCUUCCUUAACUUACAUUUUGUAGCCCAAGGUCUGUAAUUCUUGCAGCAGUCUCUCAGUGGCCCUUUUAUAUUCUAUUUUUCCAGGAAACAUCUGACAGAAGGGCAAGAGGUCUGCAUUUAAUGUAUUUAAAACCUGGGAAACCUGGUCCAAGCAUGUUGCCCACUGUAACCUCCCACUGGGUCUGCCCAUUUAAAAGCAAAGAUGGGUUGACUCACCUCUGCCAGGCAAUGUGGACUGCAAUUUCCCCUUUUGUGUCCAGGGACACUGGGUAUUGUUUAAUCUAGACAGUAGUAGCUGAACUGGUGGUUGAACAAUUAUAGGAACUUGGUGUUUGGCCAGUCCUGGAGGGUUGGUUUAUGCCCGUACCCCCAAGACUCUUUGUUAUAAAUUUGAGAUAUAGUCAAAUGUACCUUUUGAUUGGAGGCAGGACUUUCAGCUAGGAGAUACCUGUAGCUAGUCUUUCUCUGUCCCACCCUCAAACUCCCUAAUUACAACACCAAGACUUAUUAUUAAUUGUGAAAGUUUGGCUGAUAGAUUAGGCUUGUUUCUGACUAGCUCUUAUAACUUGAAUUAACUUUCUACCUCAUGGCUUUAUUACCUCAUCCCCAUAGUGCCCAUCCUGCUUGCUGUACGUCUUCCUGGUGUCCUCAUCCUUCUUCCCAGCCUCUUCUCUGCCGCAGAAAUCCUGCCUAAUUAUUGGCUGUUCAGCUUUUUAUUAAAACAAUCCAAGUGACACAUCUUGACAGUGUUCAAAAAGAUUAUUCUACAACAGAUAUUCUUCUGACAGAGGAUAUCAGGGUAUCCUCAGGAUGACAGGCCUGCCCCUUCAUCACUUCCACCUGGGGACCAGGACCAACCCUGACCAUGAGCAAGAGUCAAGUGAUGAAACAAUGACGUCUCACGUGGAUCCCAGACACUGGAUCAGCAGCUGUGUCGGACCUUUCCUAUGUGUCCCAACAAAAAGUACCUUAACCAGGCUCACCUCCAGAAGUGACAGACCAGGUGGUGCUGUCUGUAUGCUGAGUUUUGCAGCCUGGAUGACACUUCCAUCAUGGAGUCAGUUUUGCUACGGUUUGGUUGGGAGCCUACUGAGGUCUGGGGCCCCGGUACAGUCUUCAAUAUGUGUGAGAAUCCCAAAGAAAUAGGAUCUAAUACCAAUGCAGAAAUGAACUUGCCAAUGAGAGUAAGAGCAAGCAGGCAAAGAGCUAAGCUUACUUCUUUUAUGUCCUUUAUAUAGGCUACCACUCAAAGGUGUAGCCCAGGUUUAAGAUGGGUCUUCCCACCUCAAAAGGAUCCAAUCAAGAAAAAUUCUUUACAGGUGUACCCAGAAGGUUAGGUUUUAUUUUAUUCCAAAUAUUGUCAAGUUAACAACCAAGAAUAGCCAUCACAAUUCCACCCCUUGUCACCUUCACAUACAAUCAUAUCUCCUUAUGUUAUGCUUAAUUUCUAAAUGAAAAUAGUAAGGACGUCAUAAUUAUUGGAUGCUGAUUCACAGCAUAAAUACUGCCUUCUGGAGAACACUGCUCCAACCCUCCAGGCUGCUGUCACCUAAUUGGCACUAUAACUGUCUCUUCAAAAGGACAUUGCAUCUUACUAUCAGGCCAACUGCUUCAGGACUACAUAGUGAAGGCAGGGCUGCAUAGUGAGAUCCUAUCUCAAAUAAGUAAAAACAUAAAUAUAUAUCAUAUUAGACACAGUUGGAAAGCAUUGUCAGUUUGAUAGAGUUUUCUCCCCAAUUAUAUUGAAAUUAAUGUCUGCUAAGUCCAUAAAAUGCAAUGUUUGGAAAAUAAAAAUUCUUUACUUUAGAAAAGAAAGUGACAUUUUCCUUUCUUGUGUAGGCUCCUAGUACCUGGGUAGCUGUCAAGGUUUGACACUCUGUGGAUACACAGUUACAUUCAACCAAAAUCAUCAAUUAGCCUGAUACAAGAGACUGUGGUUUCAUUCCUGGUUAAUAUGAUCAGCUUUGAUCAAGGGAGACCUCCUGAAUCGUGACAGGUUGACGUCCUGCAGGUCAGGACAACUGGAGCCCAACGUGCGGCUGGAUAGAGUUGGGGAUCUGGGAACUUCAGUGCUUAUUAGAGCGACGGGCCCAUCCAUGCAGUGAGGCGUCCAUACAGUGAGGCGUCCACGACAAGGUCGAUUGUGAGCUUCAGUUGGAGGAAGACCCAGCAGUCUUCCCAGUGCUUGGGACUUUUGGUUCAUGAGCACCACCAACGUGGAAAAGGCCUCCUCGAGCAAAUCAGACAGGGAGGUUUAGAAGUCUGGCGCAAACUCCCCCCGAAGGGCAUCACCACAAGAUCCCUUACAAAGAUCAUCCAAGAUCCUGACGAGCCCUAUAGCUCUUUCAUCAGCUGUCUCACGGAGAACGUUGAACGCCUCUUUGGUACACCUGAGCCAGAUAAUCCUUUAUUAAACAACUCUUGGUCGAAAACGCCAAUCCAGCUUGUCAAGAUAUUCUGAUAUUCUUUUUUUUUUUUUUUUUCCGAGAUAGGGUUUCUCUGUGUAGCUUUGGAGCCUAUCCUGGAACUAGCUCUUUUAGACCAGACUGGUGUUGGACUCACAGAGAUCUGCCUGCCUCUGCCUCCCAAGUGCUGGGAUUAAAGGCGUGCGCCACCAACGCCUGGCUUGUCAAGAUAUUCUUAAACAACACCAUAAGGAAUCCCUUUCCACAUAUAUGCACCUUUGCGCAGGAGCAGGCAACAGUCAUUCGAUAGGCUUGACAAUUGGCACAGCUUUACAAAAGGCUGCCAUAGGCGGCCUACAAAAAAAAAAAAAAAAAAACCGCUUUAAUUGCAAACAGCCUGGACAUUUCUCUAGAGAAUGCCCGUACCCCAGGCCUAGUGCUACUCCUCAGCCCCCGAGUCUCUCCACUCCUUCAUGCCAGCCAAGUCUGCCUCUGGGCCGUCUCCCAAAUACCCUCUGUCCUGCUGUAUGUGUGGCCACCAUUGGAAGAAUGAAUGCCGUUCCAAGAUGGAUGCUCAAGGAUGUCCAUUACCGCCUCGGGGUCUGGGAAAAUUUUUUCGGGGACAGCCUCGGAUCCCCUCUCCUACACUCACCCUACGCCUGGACAGGAAGCCCUUUAUGGGCCUCCUCGAUUCAGGGGCUGACGCCUCAGUUACUCGCCUCCCACCACUGGCCUAUGGCCUGGCCCCUCACCGACUCCCUUACUCAUCUUCAGGGCAUAGGACAAACCUCCAGUCCUAAACAAAGCUCCAAGAUCCUUACUUGGCAGGAUGAUGAGGGCAAUACUGGACAGGUACAACCCUUUGUAGUCACAGGCCUGUCCCUUAACCUAUGGGGACGUGACAUCCUCUCUCAAAUGAAGGUCUUUAUGUGUUCACCUAUUGAAGUCAUACCCAAACAAAUGUUAUCUCAAGGGUUCCUACCCGGCCAAGGGCUGGGAAAAGCCUCCCACGGUCGCCGUGACCCCAUCCAGACCCAAAUUAAAAACAACAGACAUGGUCUAGGACACCAUUUUACAUGAUGGCCACUGCUCCCCCUGCACCCCAGGACCCGGUCCCUCUCCUCCAUGCAGAAAAAAUCUCUUGGAGCUCAUCAGGACCCGUCUGGGUCUACCAGUGGCCUCUCACCCAAGAGAAACUUCCCGCAGCCACCCAGCUAGUGCAGGAGCUAUUAACCUCCCCCUGGAACACACCCAUCUUUGUAAUUAAAAAGAAAUCUGGAAAAUGGAGUCUCCUUCAAGACCUUUGUGCUGUCAACAAAGUCAUGUUACCCAUGGGUGCCCUUCAACCCGGGCUGCCCUCCCCUGCUGCCAUUGCACACAAUUACCAUAAAGUCAUCAUUGACUUAAAAGAUUGCUUCUUUACCAUCCUGCUCAACCCUGAAGACAGUGCAUACUUUGCCUUUAGCCUCCCACAAAUUAAUUUCCAAGGGCCUAUGACACGGUUUCAAUGGCACGUCCUUCCACAAGGUAUGCCAAACAGCCCUACUCCAGCCCAAAAGUUCAUUGCAUAGGCCAUCCAGCCUAUUCGCUCAAAAUGGCCACAAGCCUACAUCCUCCACUAUGUGGAUGAUGUCCUCUUGGCUUGCCCCUCUAGAGAAGAAAGCCUCCUCUGUCUCAAGGACCUACAAACCUCCCUCGCUAAGUUCACCCUUGUCCUUGCCCCUGAAAAAAUUCAAGCACAAGACCAUUGCCUGUACUUGGGAUAUGAACUUAGAAACCAACAGAUCAUCACCCCCAAGAUACAAAUACACCUCUCCUCCCUUAAGACACUUCAUGGCCUUCAGCAAUUUUUGGGCAACCUCUAAUUCCUCUGCCCCUACCUCCAGCUUCGUCCAGAUAAUCUAAAACCCCUCACAGAUCUGUUAAAUGGUGACCUUCAUCCCCUCUCCCCACGUACCUUAGCUCCCUUAGCCCUACAAGCAGUUGCAGCCAUUGACAAGGCCAUCUCCCAUCAAGCAACCUUUCAGAUUGAUACUGCCUUGCCUCUCUAUUUCAUUGUCUGUGCCACCCCCAUCAAUCCUAUAGGAAUAUUUUGGCAAAAGACCCCCACCAAUGUCUUCAAAGGGAACCCCCUACUUUGGGUGACACUGCCUCUCUUCUCAAGCAAGGCAAUUUCGCCUAUCCAGAGUCUGUUGCCCUGCUCAUCACCAAGGGCCGCAAACAGUCCAAACAAUAUUUUGGCAAAGACCCCAAGCUCCUCAUUGUGCCUUACACCAUGGAGCAGGUAAAUUCCCUCUUACACACCUCCGAUGACUGGGCCAUAUCCUGCCUCUCCUUCAUUGGACAGAUUGAUAAUCAUUACCCGGAUGAUCCCCUCAUUCAACUUGUUCUCAUUCACCCCUGUUGUUUUCCCAAAACAAACCUCCCUCACACCCCUCCCUACACCACUUACUGUCUUUUCUGAUGGGUCCUCCUCCGGGAUGGCAGCCCUGGUGAUCAAUGAUCACACUCAUUCCUUUCACAUGCCUUAUACUCCUGUCCAGUUGGUAGAGCUUUUUGCUAUAAAACAAGCCUUUUCCAUGCUCUCCAAUACUCCAUUCAACUUGUAUACGGAUAAUGCCUACGUCGUAAAAUCCAUCCCUCUUCUUGAAACAGCCCCUUUUAUCAAACCUACUUCCAGUGCCUCCUCCCUGUUCCUACAGAUUCAAGCUUUAAUAAGACAAAGAGAUGUCUCAGUUUUUAUCAGGCACCUACAUGCUCAUACAAAGAUCCCGGGACCCCUAAGCCAUGGAAAUAACAAAGCAGACCUCGCUACUUGCCUACCGCUAUAAACCGAAACUGAAACAAUUUUCCCAAUACUACCUAUUCUCCCUCUGCUUGAAGCUAUUAAGCCUACCCAUGCUCUCCACCACUUAAACACUCACACCCUUCGACUCACUUUUAAGAUUACCCGUGAUCAAGCUUGAGAAAUUGUUAAAGCCUGGCUGCGCUACCCUUCUGCCUGUCCCUUACCUGGGGGUAAACCCCCGAGGGCUCUCCUCUAAUGCCCUCUGGCAGAUGGAUGUUACUCAUGUCCCCCACCUUCUCUAACCUAAAAUAUGUACAGGUCUCUAUUGACACCUUUAGUGGCUUCGUCUUUGCAACUCCUCAGACAGGAGAAGCUACCAAGGAUGUCAUAGCCCAUCUCCUUGCCACUGUGUCCACCUUAGGCAAGCCCACUAAAAUAAAAACUGACAAUGGGCCUGGAUACACCAGCUCUGAGUUUAAACAAUUUUGCCUUACACAUGUAACACAUGUUACACAUGUAACAGGUAUCCCUUAUAAUCCCCAGGGACAGGGUAUAAUCGAAGGAGCACAUCAAAUACUUAAAAAUACACUCCUCAAAUUAAACUCCUCUCUACCUCACAAACCCAACACUCCCCGACUUAUCCUCAAUCACGUUCUUUUUGUCCUUAAUUUCCUGAUACUUGAUCACGAUGGCCAUUUGGCCUCAGAGCACUUUUGGCACCCCACCACCCCCUCCUCCUCUCAUGCCAUGGUGAGAUGGAAGGAUCCCCUCACAGGUACCUGGAAUGGACCAGAUCCUGUCCUCCUUUGGGGACGUGGUUCAGCUUGCAUUUAUGACCAACAAAAUGAAGCCCCUAGAUGGCUUCCAGAAAGACUUGUGAAACAAGUCUCCUCUCCUACCCCAAGUAACCCAACAUCCAGACAGGAGACCAAUCCUCCAUCUGAGACCUCUCCUUCUUGCCUUCCAAGUCCUGAUCAACCCAUUCUACACUCUCCUGAAAAUGACCAUGAUGAAACUGACUCAACGAUUGGCUUGGCUGGCUUCGCUCACUCAUAUGGGAAAAUAACCUCCUGUUACUCCUUUUUGCUUCCUUCUAUCCAUUCCUACUACUUCUACAUGGUUAACCACCCUCCUCCCUUCCCUCCUUGGACCUUUGAUAGGGCUCCUCUUGCUAAUCUCCUUGGCCCUUGGGCCUUUAAUCAACCUGUGGCCUUUGUCUAGCCACAAGUAGACUCUGCCACUAAGCCU